GGUCAGAGAGCUGAAGAAAGGGAUUAAAUGUUCUAACCCUGUCACAAACAGGCGUCGGGCAGCUGGCACCGUGUCUCCAAAACGUGUCCAAAACUCUCCCUCUUUGCCACUCAGGGAAAAGAGCUCUCCAAAGAAAGUGAAACUAGGCAUCCAGCGUCCUUCAAAUGCUACAAAACCAAAGGCAUGUGCUGCAGCACUCCAGCCACUGAGUGGCCCUUUCACCUCUACCCCAAAGGCAACCAACAAAGGACAUGCCUACAAAGGAUAUCCCAGCUCACCAUGGUUCCACCACAUUAGCCCAAUUAAGGGAGUCCUACAGAUAGCACAUCCCUCGAAGAAGAAAACUGAUCUGUCCCCCCACUCUGAGAACUCCACUGCAAAAGAUUUUGUCAUCAAAAAUGCUGCCAUGGCAGAAAUAAAAGAAAAUGGCCAGAGAGACAAGUAUAUUCGAGACAGACCACAUGCCCAGUGCCUGAAAGUUCAGACAGUGGAACCUGUUCAGAAACAGCUUGUUUCUAGAGAUGAUCUUGCCUUUGGAGAUGGAAUUCUGCCUUCUGAUGACGGACAGGGAUGGGGAAAAACUUUUAAGCACUAUGGUGGAACCUGGACAAAUCUGCCUCCACUUCAGAAGGAAAGGGAAGAGCAUUUACGUCUUUACCACCAGCAGCUUCAGCAGCCACCUUUUGAGACGUUUUUAGUGCAAUACAAGCUUCAGGAGACUCAAGUGAAGCCGGAGCUGAGCCUUACUCCCACAGAAGUGCAGAGCAAAGAGGGGAUGCAGCUGGAAGAAUUAGAUGACAGUGAUUUCAGUGAAGAUUCUUUCUCACCUGUCUGCAAUCAAAAGAGCAUGAAAAGAAGAAACACUGACAAACACAGUCCACAUUCAUUUUUCCUUCAUCAGAGAGAAGAAGGAACUGAAGAAGAGCAAAAUGGCCAAAAGCGACAGGGUUUACUUUUUAAAUAUGCAAUACCCAUGCAAGAAUGUGAAGCAGAUGACAGCUGGGAUUGUAGUGAGGGCAGCCCAAAGACAGAGGAAUCCAUUAAGAGUGCAGGCUGCAGCAAAACUCCAUGGAACUUGACACAUGAUUUACCUAUUGAGUCUUCUCCAAGCAAUACUUCAGAAAAACCUUACUGUGUGCAGGAAGAUCCUGCUUCUAACUGGAAGAAUGGCAAUGAUUUCCUAGCCAAAGCCACCUUAACUCCAGAAAAAGAUGCUUCAAUCUCCUUGUUGUUUCCUGUAUUGAAAUCAGGAAGUCCAGAAUGCACAGAGAUUGACCUCCAGCAGGAAGAGAAGGAAGAGUUUAAUUUGGAUAGACAGGCUGCCCUUGCAGGAGAUGUAAAACAGAAAGCUCUGAAAAACAGAGUGAACCACUUUGGAUCUUCCAGCUGUUCCUCAGAAUUCAAUGCUGAGCUAAUGGCCCCUCUCAAGUUCUCCCUUCUUGACUACAAGGAAAUGACUAAUACAGAGAAAGUGUCUUCUAACCGAGAGAAGUCCCCCUGUGUGAAGCAGAUGUCAGACAGGGCCAUAUGUGGCUCCCAGAACAGCUUUGAGGAAGAGGGCUGGCAGUGCACGCGAAGCAGAGCUCUGGCAGACAGCAUGCUGGAACUGGGGGGCCACACGUGUUGUGGUGGAAGGCACUGCACCCUGCUGCGUUCCCCACAAACGGAGGGCACCUGGUCUUCAUCCCCCUGCUGUGACCUGAAGGCUUGGUGCUGCCUUCUGGGCUUGGGUUCAUCAAAGCAAGGACUUGUUCACAGUUUACUGUUUGGAUGUCACCCAGCAGAAACAUCUGCAGCUGAAUCCACAGGCUUCAGGGUAGACACAGAGCGUGACUUGUUUCUCAGUAACUCGAUGUGCAAAGAAUACGGAGGUGGUAGACAGGGUGGUGCUGAUGUUAAAGAUAAUACUGGUAAUUCAGGAAAAUCUAACUCAAAACAAGGAACCAUUGUUGAGCCCGUGGCUCAGGAAAAAAAUGCUGAUAUACCUGAAAAGAGCUAUUUUCCAGGAGCAUCAUGCUCUCUCAGGGUGGGAGGCACAGAUUACACAAUCCAGUCCUCCUCUCAAGGAAGCAGCCUGCUGUUGCAGCCCAAGUCAGGACUGAGGAAUGAGGACUUGAGUCGUCUGGAAGACACAUGCAUCUCAUUGUUCAGCAAUGAGGAAACAGAAUUGCUGAAUAACAAGCUAAUGCAGACUUCUUAUAUCGUAGAGACUAUUGCUACAGAUUUAGGAUUUCUAACCAAAGAGAAGGAGCCACUACCAAAUGCAAAGAGCCCUGCAGGCACGUCCAGCAGCAGCUCUCCAAGUGCUACCUCAGAGUUGAGAAAGCGGGAGAGGGAAGUCCUGGAAAAGGCACAACAGGCUGUAAUUGAGGCCCAUCAGCAGCAGCUGGAUGAAGUGGCAUCCUUGUGCUUCAAGGAAGAGUGCUUGAUAAAUCAGAUGCCAGCAAUGGAUUUUCAGAGUUUUGUGACCAAGCUGGAUGAAAUCUUGGUGCUGAAGUCAAAGUGCAUCCAAACAAUGCGAGCCCAGCUUCAGGUCUACUUAGCCUCUCCUGGCAGUGACACGUCCCUGCAAAUACCUCCUCCACUUUAG